UCAUUCGAGGGGGAGGAUUUUGCGUGUUAGAAAAUGAAAGUAUUCGUUUAGAUGAAUUGAUUAUUAAAGCUGUUUCAGUAGCUUAGCAGCAGCUACACUCCCUCUCUGAUACUAUUUGCGGAGGCAGCGGUUACACGACUGCUGUCACAUACACUGACCUAGCCUACAUGUGUUACUCGGUGUCGGGAUUUGUUUUGCUACAUAGCUAGUUAGCUCUCGGCUAGUGAGCUAGCUAGCCGGCUCUGUCACAGCUAGCAGUGCUAACGUAAAGAAAGCAUCGCUGUCAACUCGGAGUAACAUCCUGCUUCAGAAAUCAUUGUAAAUCAGAUGACUAGCAACUGCUUCUUCCCCCGGGACUCAUGACAGUUCAUCUGUCACAAUGUAUCCGUGGUCGGUUGUACCAAGUAACGGACAGCGUGACAGCGAGCUAGCCCACCUGAGUUGCGUAUAGCUCACCGUGUCAACCGUCAACAUUUCAAGCAGCGGACAGUGUGAAGCCAGGGUUUGGACAAGCUAACCGGACAACCAUCGGCUAACCGGGCUAGCUAGGAUAACGUUAUCUAGCAUCAACGGUUAGCGACGGGAUAACGUUUCCAACGACAAUGGCUAACGUUACAGACCUGCAAACAAAAUACAGCAAGCUGGCUCAGGAGUACUCAAAGCUCCGUGCCCAGAAUCAGGUGUUGAAGAAGGGAGUCGUGGAUGAACAGGCCAACUCUGCCUCCCUAAAGGAGCAGCUGAAGCAGAGGGACCAGAGCCUGAGGAAGCAGGAGCAGGAGAUGGACAGUCUUAGCUUCAGGAACCAACAGCUGGCCAAGAGAGUGGAGCUGCUGCAAGAGGAGCUAGCUGUUAGUGAAGCCAAGGGCAAAAAGGGGAAGACUAAAGUGGAUUCUCCCUCACAGCAUGGCCUGCAGACCCAGAGUGUUUUUGAUGAGGACCUGCAGAAAAAGAUAGAAGAGAAUGAGCGACUUCAUAUCCAAUUCUAUGAAGCAGAUGAGCAGCACAGGAGGCAGGAGGCUGAGCUGAGGGCACGACUGGAGGAGCUGGAGAAAGACUCCGAGCAGCACCAGGCUGUUGUGGACGGACUCACCACUAAGUACAUGGAAACGAUUGAGCGGCUGCAGAGCGACAAGGCACGCUUAGAGGUGAAAGCACAGACUCUGGAGAGGGAGGCAAAAGAGUGCAGAAUGCGAACAGAGGAGUGUCAGCAGCAGUUGAGGCGGUGUCAGUCAGAGCUGAACAGACAAGUGAAACAAAGCAGCAGUGUAAUCCAGGAGAAAGUGCCCUUCAAUGACACCAAAUUUAGUGACUACAACAGCCUGAAUGUACCACCACACAAUCGAAGGCACCAGCUUAAGGCUCGGGAUGUGGCAGGUCAGGCUCUGAGCUUUAUUCAGGAUUUGGUUGCUGCUCUGUUGAACUUCCACUCCUACACAGAGCAGAGAGUCCACAUCUAUCCCCGGGACUCCUCCAUUGAGCCCAUCUCCCCUCUUAACCAGAAGUUCUCUCAGUACCUUCAUGAGAAUGCAGCCUAUGUGCGCCCCCUGGAGGACAGCUUUUUGCAGUUACACCAAAGCAUCACUGAGGACACGGUCACAGUGCUGGAGACUGUGGUCAAGCUGAAGAGCUUUGCUGAUAAUUUCUCCUCAUACACUCACUUUCUGCAAAAGAUUCUUCCCUACCAGCUGAAAAGCCUGGAAGAAGAGUGUGAGGCGACUCUUUGUACUGCUGCCCUUGCUGCGAAAAACCAGGAGCUGCAGAGUGACAUGAAGAGAGUAACUUCUGUGUUUGAGAAACUGCAGAACUACAUUAACCUUUUGGCCUUACCCAGUGUUCGGCAGGAUGCCAUGCCACAGAGCAGCACCUCAGCUGUCUUCACCCAGCUGGCUGCCUGCCUACACAGUCUUCACGAUGCCGUUAAAGAGAUGUCAAAGCACUACAACCAGAAGGCUGGCUUAGAGCAGGAGCUGCCCACCAUCACCCAGAAGCUCUGUACCACCACAGAGUGCCUGCUGGGAUCUCUGGGCUCGCUCACCAGCAGCACUGGCAAGAUUGCUACUUUCUUCAGCAACAACUUGGACUUCUUCACAUCCUCAGGCUACAGUCCAAGAGGCGGCGCAGUCACCCUCAACCCCUUGCAAGCAGAGAGUAUGCUGGCCAACAAAAAGAAAGCAGCCGCCUAUAUCCAUGCCAUCAAAAAGCCCAGGCCACAGUCUGUUCCAUACAGAGAAGCCCUGUCCAACCGUCGUAUACUAACCAGUUCCACUGAGAGCAGGGAGGGACUUACGCAACAGCCCUCUUCCCAUAAGCUCACUGUCCACUCCUCUCCUCUCCCCACUGGCCUCCCGCAGGUGCAGCAGAGCCAGGAGAAGAUCGCUCGGCUGGAGCAGGAGAAGGAGCACUGGCUCCUGGAGGCCCAGCUGGGGAAGGUGCGGUUGGAAAAGGAGAACCAGCGCAUUGCAGACCUGGAAGCGCAGCUUGCGGCAGCUCUAGGGGGAAGUCCGAGCUCGCAAACAGCUGCAGCCGGCACACUCGCACAGAACCAUGAGGAAGCGGAGGCAGAGCAGAAAACUGCAGGGAAAGAGACUACGUUGUGCACCAGCCUGGUUGGCAUGUUGUGCACCACACCUACAGUUGAACAUGUGGGAGACGAGGAGUCUAGGGAGCAGCUGAUAAAGACUCACUACAUGACCAGAGUAGGAGAACUCACCACCCAGCUCCAGAUUUCAGACAGCAAAGCUGUGCACUUUCACUCUGAGUGUCGAGCUUUGGCCAAGAGAUUAGCCAUUGCAGAAAAAUCACGGGAGACCUUGAGUGAGGAGGUCAAACUGGCCAAUCAGAACAUCACACGUUUGCAGGAUGAGCUGGCUACGACUAAGAGGAGCUACGAAGACCAGCUCAGCAUGAUGAGCGACCACCUGUGUAGCAUGAAUGAGACUUUGAGCAAGCAGAGAGAGGAAAUCGACACGCUUAAACUUGGCAGCAAGGGGAAUGCCAAAAAGAACAAAGGUCGCUAGAACUGCCCUGAAAACACUGGCUCCAUUUGGCAUCACAAAGGGCACCUUCAGAGAUGAGCUGGACUGUGGAGCCUCCCAGCAGCGUCCUGGUACCAACACUACCACUGUCACCAAACCACAGGAUGGCUACAUGAGCCUCAGAUUCCUCCCCUGACAGACAGUGGCAGUACAAAUGAACCGCAUGGAGGCUGUAACAUGUUUGUCUGAAGAAGCUUCUUUUUUUCCCCCUUUUCCUUGUCACAGCACCAGUUAAUGAAUAACAUGAUUUGCUAAAAAUGCUUUCUGAAACUGUCGCGGAAGCUGCUGCUUGACCUUUUGGUCCAAGCUGGGUGGGAGAGAAACAGCUUUUCCCCCAAAAGGGACAGAGGAAGAUAAACAGCUGACGACAGUUGAAGUUGGUAAUACUCACUGAAGUCAAGACUUGAAGACCAAACCCUGUUGAUCAGUGUGUGUACUUUUCCUGCUUAGCAUACAUGUGAGAGAAAAUGAAGCUGCAUUCUCACUGCUUAUCUGUGGGAGCAGGUGAACAGAGCAAAUGUUGGUGUGGCUGUAUGUGUACAGAGUGUUGUGUCAUUGUGUGACUUUGGCACCAGGCUUUACAACAUGCGUGUAUUGUUUUAUGCUUGAAUUUUUUUUUAGUUUUUUUUUAGGUCAAAUUUGAUAUUAUUUGUGCAAGUGGUUCCAAGGGGCCUGUAUGUCUACAUACAGCAUAAUACCCCUUUUAACACAUGCAUAUAUCACAAGCUUCUCUAAUGAAGGGCUUUAAAACCUGAAUGAACAACUAACAAAGACACACUUGAAUUCAUUCCUCAUUUUGGAAAAUUUUCAAUCCUCUGGGAGUGGAGAAGAGAAAGGAAAAGAAAUCUCCCUUGAAGCACUGAUUAACUGUGUUCGCCGAGACAAAAAGGGUAGGAUGGACAAGUCGGAGCUCGUAAAAUGGUGUCAGUCUGUCUCUGUGAAGUUACUCUGUAACAAGUCCUUUUUAUCACCAAAGUAAUUGUGGAUGUGCACUUGUGUGGCACACAAGUCUCUAAAUUUUUGUUGUAAUAUGUAUGGAUAAAAAGGGUUAAUAUGAAUAUACACUCAUUUCAAAUCAUGAUGUAAUUGUACUAUAUAAUUUCUAAAAAAAUAUAUAUAUAUACAAAAAGGCAUUUAUUUAGAGGUUACAAAUCUUUAUUUUCCACAAAAUUUGGAAAACUGAAUCUGCAGCUAGUUUUUUUGUGUCUCGUAUAAGACCUGAUUCCUGGGAGGUGUCAUAGAGGGGUUGGCACAUACUGUAACUGGUGCUUAGACAACCUGAUUCAUUAGUCAUGGCAGAGCACAGUUAAAGUUUACAGUAAAAUAGAACCUCUCUGGCUAGUAGUGACACGAAUAGCUGAAAGAAAAGCCUAGAAGUGAUUGUGAGCAUUUAAACAUCCUGUUUUCCAGUCUACACCUGCCAGCAAACCUUUGAUCACAAGGAUUUGCCAAUGCCCCCUGAACUGAUAAAAAAAAUACUUGUAUUCUCACAGUGUAACCUGUUCAAAAGCACAUAUAAAUAUGUGAAACAAAAUAAAGAGCUUGCUCAACACUUAAA